UUAAGAAGUUUGUCGCUGUCGGUUUUAAAGAAAACCCUCAAUCCUAAAUAAAUUCAAGAGCAACUCUUGAAGUAAACAAAAUCGCUAACUGCUCACGGUUCGGUACUGACGUGUGCGCGUUCACCCCGUUUUAACGGACAAUCGUAUAGGCUACACGAAAUUCGCUUUCGAACUCAUUCAUAUUUGGUUUAAAGCUACUAUUUGGAGCUACAGCAGCAGUUUACAUUGUCACUAACCUCAGCGAAAAUGUUCCGUUUUAUCCUUUUAAGCACCUUAGUUGCCAUUGCCGCGAGUCAGGGUUACAAUCAAAAUCCCAAGACAGCGGCUAUCAUUAGUGAACAACGUUACCUGGCCGGUGAUGGCAAAUUCGGUGCUGCCUAUACACAAGAGGAUGGAAUUAACUUCAAGGAGGAAACCGAUGCCGAUGGUACACGUCACGGUAGCUACAGUUAUGUAGAUCCUACAGGCGAACGUCGUACAAUUUCCUACACUGCUGGCAAAAAUGGUUUCCAAGCCAGCGGUGAUCACUUGCCAGUAGCACCACCAGCUCCACCACAACCCGUCCCACAGCCGGGCUAUGCACCACAGCCACAGUACCAGCCACCAGCACAGUCUGGCGGUUACCGCAGCAACGACUACGAUGAUGGCUCCUACGAUCCACGUUACAAUGACCCCGGUUUCGGUCAGCAACAAGGUGGCUAUCAGGCACCACAACCACAAUAUCAGCCACCAGCACCCGCCUACAAUCCACCACCACAACAGCCAGCCUAUAAUCCACCGGCGCCACAAUACAACAGCUAUCAAGCACAGCCACAACAACAACCCUACUAUCAGCAAACCACACCCAAUCCACACCGCUUCGCACCACCCGGCAAAUUGUCGCUGAAUCGCACACCGGACGGCUUCAGCUACAGCUUCAACAAGGUCUAAGCGGCGGUCUCUGUGCUUAGGUAUGUGGGUGUUGGGGUGGUCAAGCAUGGCAGAGGCGGGGGUAAACGUAGAAGGAAGAAAUAAAAGAAAAAUGUGGAUGUGAGCGUUAACACUAUCUGAGCUAUCUGUAACUAAGCGCUGAGCGCGUUGCGUCUGGCGUUGCAGCUGUGCGGCACAGCGCGCUAAGCUUGCAUUUCUGUCUUCUCGAACUACUCGAACUACUAGCGAUUUCUCAUA